CUCGUACACAGAUGGAAGACGAAAGCAUAAUAUAUAUGGCAAAAAUGCGAAACACGAAGUUGGAUUUUCUAAACAUUUUCAGUUGAGGCUGUGUAAAUGUUACGAUAUGGAAUGAGUACGUUUUACGUUGAUGCCUGGCUUUGUGAUGCUUCAGAGACAGAGAAAUUGGUUUACGGAAGUGAUUUGGAAGCCAAAAGCUCACUCGCUAGAGCAGUUAAAAUAUCAUCAUUAUAUCUUGACGAAGAAUUCUGUUGUAACAGAUCAAAAUCGUUCAUUGUUGGUUGAAACAUUGAGAUCGAUCGCAGAGAUUCUUAUCUGGGGUGACCAAAAUGACAGCACGGUGUUCGACUUCUUCCUUGAGAAGAACAUGCUUUUAUUUUUCCUGAAAAUUUUGAAUCAAAAUCCUGGAGCAUAUGUGUGUGUGCAGUUAAUGCAGACAUUGAACAUAUUAUUUGAAAAUAUUCGCCAUGAAACCUCACUGUAUUACUUGUUAUCAAAUAAUCACGUCAAUUCUAUCAUUAUUCACAGAUUUGAUUUUUCUAACGAAGAGAUACUAGCCUACUAUAUUUCUUUCUUGAAGACACUUUCGCUGAAACUCAAUUGCCAUGUUAUUAAUUUUUUUUUCAAUGAGCGAAAGAAUGACUUUGCAUUGUUCACGGAAGCAUUGAAGUUUUUUGAUCACAAAGAAAAUAUGGUUCGAAUUGCUGUGAGAACGUUGACACUCAAUGUAUUUCGAGUGAGUGACAAGGCAAUGCUGAAUUUUAUCGUGAACAAGACAGCAGGUGCAUAUUUUUGUAACCUUAUUUGGUUUGUUGGCAACCAUGCGAUGGAACUCGAGAAGUGCUCCAUUUCCGAGUCAGAUCAUUUACACUGUGAACGUUUAAAAGAUCUUGUUGCUGAUCAUUUGGACCAUCUUCACUACAUCAACGACAUACUUUGUUUAAAUAUUGUUGAAUUGAACGAGAUACUCACGGAUUACCUACUGGAUCGUUUGAUCAUACCGCUAUACGUUCAUUCAUUUGUCGAUAACGACUUGGAAGAGAACGAAAGACCGGGAGUGUGCAAGCUUUUCGCCCUGUAUUUAUUGUCACAGAUCUUUCUUAUCAUCAAACAUCCGCCGUUAGUCUCCACUCUUACUGAUGUCAUUUUACAAGGAGAUGAAGCAUUUUCUUCUACAUGUGACUCCUCAAUUUCAUCGGGCAAUUCAGGCAAAUCCAACAUUUCAAAUGGUGUUCGAGCAUUUGUAGCGCCUUCCGACAGUCUGGAAGAGGCAUUACUUGCAUGUGGUAUUAAUAACGAAGGCUAUACAAUUACAAAUCGUCUUAGCGAAUUGACCAGAAAACGUUCAAGACACGUCGCCAACUCAAAGUUUUACACUAAAGAUGGCGUUUCAGAAAAAUAUCGCGUUAGCGAGGAAAGGCGUUUGGGGCGACGGAAAAUGGAGCCAAAGGAAGAUAACAACGUUUCUGAUAAUGAGGUUCUGAUGCGCUCAGAUGAUGAUAAUUUGUCCGAUUCCCCUAAAGUUGGCUUAGGUGAUGCAGAACUUGUCUCUAUGAGCGAUACUCCACUUGGUCAUGUUACUGGAGAUGACGAUGAUGGCGAUGGUUUAUUAUUGAAUACGAAGCAGUCAUCAUCCGAAGUGAAAGGAUUUACGACCGAAGAAUCUGCUAUUCCUAACAGUAUCAAGAUGUCUGAUGCUGAACCUCCACUUCCAAAGAGCUUGCUUUCUCGUUCAUCAAGUUUCACACCUAGCAGGGCAUAUUUUCAAACCUUGAUAAAGUCAUUGGACUGCAGCGAAGAUGAUCGCGAGGCUUUGUUUACCCUUUCUAUGUUCCAUUCCCUGAUAAAAAAUCAAGGCGUGGACGUUGAACUCCUGAAAAGUGUUGGACUGUUACCUGGCCAGCUCACAAAGCAAUACAACGAUGAACUGAUUACAGCUUUGAUAACUAUUAUGGAACAAGCGUCAAAAAAUGUGAGUAAAGUUCGCUUAGUCACAUUACAAAUGAGUAUUAUUUUGAUGAAAUUGAUCGUUUAUAACGGCAACCCAGGAAUGACAGUCCUAAAAGAUUUGCAUUUGGUAUUACUCGAGAAUGUAAGAGAGUCGUGCACAUUGGAGUUACGUAAUUACUAUAAAAGCGAUGAUAUUUUUUUGGAUACCUUUGAAGCUGAAUAUCGACAAAUGAAGGUUAAGCCACUCAAUGUCGAGCGUCUUAUGAUGGACGCUUCCUUGCUCCUUCCUGUCACAGCUACACCGCUGACUGGUAUUGAGUUCUCAAAACGCCUUGCUUGUGGUGAAGUGGAGCACGCACAGAGAAUAAUUCGAGUAUUUCUCAUGGUUCGCGAGUUGUGUCUGACCGUUCGACGAGAACCGGAGCGGCAGCUUCCACUUUCUAAAGUCGAAUAUUCCGUUAACGAAAGCGAGGUUCUCGAUCUCAACAAUAGCGAUCUUAUAUCCUGCACAGUUGUCGAAGAAAGCAGGAGUCUGCGUCGAUUUCUGGUGAUCGACGAAGCUCAGUUUAUUUUGGUGGAACCUGAUACCACGAGACUCGGAUGGGGCGUCGUCAAGUUUGUUGCACUCUUGCAGGAUGUAGAAAUUUCACCUGACAAGUACGACAGUCGCUCCUUAUUCAUAACAAUACACCAGCCUUUUGCGAGGUCCACGCGUGGUCCUCGUAGACCCUUCAUGACUGCCAAGUUCAUGUUCGAUGACUACAUCCGUUGCAUGUCUGCCAAACAACGCCUACAUCGUAGACGCACAUCAUUACGUCAUAUAAAGCUACAACGUAUUGCGCAAUUGUUGGAACUUCCGGUAAUGGCUGCGCCAACGCAGCAGUUGUACCCGAUUAGUCGCCCUUCAUUGGCGUCACCUUCUAUUUCGAGUCCACGUGGUUUUCUAAGUCGACCUGGAGGAGCAGUCGCUGUAUCUGAUUUGAAGUCAAACUCAGCAUCAAAUGAAAGACCAAUCAAUGGUCAGCCUAUAAGUGUGAAUGGGUCAACCCACACUCCCUCAGAUAGUCAUCGCAUGGCUGCGCCAGAAUCUUGUUUGCUAUUGACCCAGACUUCUGGUGAUCAGGCUCGCGCACUUGCGAGCGUUCUUGAUAUUUCUGAUGCCCAAGCAGAUGAUGUCAUUGAAGUUGCUUCAGAUUCGCUGGAAAUACCAUCGAUAAAUGACGUAAUUCAUUCUGAUCAUUGCAUACCUUGUAAGGAUGAAAGGAUACUUCAAUCUGCUCCUGCGACGCCUAGAGGUCAGCGACGAUUUGGUCGUUCAACAUUUCACAUUCUAGAAUGGCAAGUAUCAGAUCUGAAUCGAAGUAAUUCGACAUCUGAACCAUCUCUGCUAUUCCAAAGCCAUAAUCACAAUAAAUAAGAUUGUAGAAGCUUUGAUAUUAUAAUUCGCUAUGAAUGAAAUAAAGAAAUUAUUAUCGUCUUCCGGAA